AUGUGUGACAUUCUUGUCAUAGACGUCUCAUUGAGUCCCGUCUGUUCCAAAGGCUUUCUGCUCUUCAGACCCCGACCUCGGCCUCUGGAAUGUGGCCCUGGGUCUGGACCAGCUCUGUCCAAGAUUCCCUUUGACUCUGAGGAGGUGAGGAGAGCUCUGAUUGCGGUCCAUAACUUUGCCGUCCCUCAGAUAAAGGUGGGUCGCGGGGGCCGAGCCGAGCUUCCUCCGAUCGAGACCUCCACAGACUCCGAGCGAGGGCCCAUCGUCCCAGUGCCUCUGGGCAUCAGGCCGGUCCUAAGCCGCUACCGCAUCGAGGUUCUGUUCUGGGGCCUGAGGGACCUGAAGCGGAUCAACCUGGCCCAAGUAGAUCGCCCCCGUGUGGACAUAGAGUGUGCGGGUCGAGGGGUCCAGUCUGCUCUCAUCCAGAACUACAAGAAGAACCCCAACUUUAGCACUUUGGUCAAAUGGUUGGAGGUGGACCUCCCGGAGAACGAGCUGCUGCAUCCUCCUCUGAACAUCAGGGUGGUGGACUGUAGGACCUUUGGGAGGUUCGUCUUGGUCGGAUCUCACGCUGUCACCAGCCUCAGGCGCUUCAUCUACAGCACGGACAGGACCAGCAGCCACUGGGCCACUGCAGACCGACGGCCUCUCCUGGAUCUCACACGUGUUUCGCUGACGACUGCGCUCGGCUCCGGGACAGAAAACAAAAUGGCGGUUUAUGGAGUGUGCCGUGGAAGAGGACUCUGGGAAACGUGUAAUUACAGCGUCACGUGUGGACGCUAA